GAAUUGUGCCUCUCAGCUGCCGUACGGAGAGGCACGCGCAUGCGCCGUUCCGUCUCUCUCUGAAUAGCCAUGGCGUCCUCCUUAGGAGUGUGCAGGUUACAUUUGAGGGGCAGGGGCGGCUUGGUGAAGAGCCUGCGGAGGGUCGAAACAUUUCUCCACAGGAAUACCGGAACAGUCGUCACUGCUGCGGAUGGCGACCCGCCUCGAAAAGUUGAAACCGAUGAAAAGCAUGGACGCAGGUCUUUGUCUGCUGUCCAGGCGGAGAGACAAGGACAGGCGGAGAGAUCUGUCCUCAUCAACUGCAGCCCCAGAACCAAUGAGAAAAAGUUCCUCAAUUUUUUAUCAAGACAUGGAGAUGUCAACAAAUACUUCUUUUAUGAAAGCUAUAGCAUUUAUGCCUUAGUGGAAUUCACCAACCAGGAAAGUGUAGCAUCUUUACUUGAAGAGGCAGCCAUCCCCACUGUCAGCCAUGAAGCCUUGGUGCCUUUUAAAUCAAGACUGCUGUCACUGAAGAACAGCGACUCAGUGGGCUUCAUGAACCAGCCAUACCAACCACAGACCACUGCUCCCAUCAACCAGCUCAUACAGAGGCUGUCCAUAGAGGAAAGUAUAGACCGGCAGGUGAUCUCCCUGACAGAGUCCUAUCAGCUAACAGAGGAGAACAGCCGACUGCGUUUCCUCGUCUGCUCUCUGCUCCAGGACAUGGUUGCUGCUUAUUUCCCAGAAUGCGCCAUCAAGCCUUUCGGCUCAUCGGUGAACGGUUUUGGAAAGCUUGGUUGUGACCUGGACAUGAUCCUGGACCUGGAUGGCAUCAGUGGGAGAAAGGCAAAGACGCCAAAAUCAGGUUCAUCCGUCGAGUACCAGCUGAAGAAGGCUAGCACGGAGCGGGCCGUCACCCAGAGCAUCCUGUCCGUCAUCGGGGAGUCUGUGGAUCAGUUUGGCCCGGGGUGCGUCGGAGUGCAGAAGAUUCUUAACGCGCGAUGUCCCCUGCUCCGUUUUGCCCACCAGCCCUCUGGUUUUCAGUGUGACCUCACAGCCAACAACAGGGUGGCGGUCAAGAGCACAGAGCUGCUCUACCUCUACGGACAGCUGGACCCUCGCGUGCGCUUCCUGGUGUUCACCGUGCGCUGCUGGGCCCGAGCUCACGGCAUCACCAGCAGCAUCCCUGGAGCCUGGAUCACCAACUUCUCCCUCACUGUCAUGGUGCUCUUCUUCCUGCAGAGGAGGAGCCCUCCCAUCAUCCCCACCCUGGACCACCUAAAAAGCCUGGCAGGUCCCGCGGACAAGAGCAUGAUUGAGGGGAAUGACUGCACGUUUGUCAGCGACUUCAGCAGGAUCCAGCUCCAGAGCAACACAGAAACACUGGAGCAACUGCUGUGUGAAUUCUUUGACUUCUACGCCACCUUUGCUUUUGGCAAGAUGUCCAUAAAUAUCAGAAAGGGCAAAGAGCAGAACAAGCCGGAGGUCGCCCCGCUGCACAUCCAGAACCCGUUUGAAACCUCGCUGAACGUCAGCAAGAAUGUCAACGCCACGCAGCUGGGGCGCUUCGUGGCUCUGUGUCGGGAGAGCUCCUGGCUGCUCCAGCAGAGUGAAACCACCACGCCCACAGGUGGCGCCGCAGGGAACACUCCCAGACCUUGGGGCCUCGCUGCCCUUCUCCAGCCCUCCCAGGUCGCAGAGAUCAAAAGUCGCAAAAAGAGGAGACGGGAGCCAGCCAGCGAGAGGAUCAGGACCCUGCUGGAAUCUUUGAAGAAUAACAAAUAACCAAACGAGCUGGGACUCUUGGGAAAUCUCAGAAUUCAGCUCCAUCCUCGUACUAUCACUUGUUUCAUUGGAGGUGUCAUUGUCAGGUGUGGUGUCAUUGUCCAAUGUCUCACUGAGGAGGCGAGGAGCAGCUUCUGCACUGGACUUUAGUUCCAAACACGGACACUGGAGGGUGUUACUGAGGUCUGUAUGUGCAUAUGUCUGGGACCUAAAAUAAGGGAUUGAUUACUGCAUUCUUCACUGUAGACUCCCCUACCCUGUUGUGAUUAAAGCUAGUACUAUGGAAACUGCCAGAUGCUCACGCAGGAGCUGAGAGUGAAGAUCUGUCUGUUCAUCUGAUUCAGAAUCUGUUGCACAUGGAUUUUAUCAUUUAGGCGCAUCAUGUGUUUACACACCAAACUACAUCUCUGUGUAUAUAUCUUUUGUAUUAAUGGUAUUAUACAAAUGCAAUAAUCAAGGUUUUAUUGAAAACACAGCGUUUGGUUAUUGUGGCACCUCAAAACUGACAAAAGGCAAUAAAAGGGCUAUCAGACACAUCGAGAAUGCGUCAAUAGCAUCAGUUAAAACUGACGAGCGUAGAGAGCAUACAUUUUAUUUUCAAAGUCCUCGUGUGCGACAUCAAACUAAGGCGUGUCCAGGUGUGCUGUGGGAUUGUAGGACGGAGAUGUUAGGUAACACGUUAUAUAGAGGCCAUUUUGCACAGACAUGAAUUCCGGUGUGAGGUCUUGAGCGCUAAAAGUUUGAAAACCACUGACUUGGAGGACUUUGCCAUGGAACUUACCUGAAAAAUAUGGUGGCAAACAGCAUCAGCCUUUUCACUGUGAGCUACUUGUUUUACUAACUUCCACAAUAAUCCUACACUAGAGCAAGUAAA